GCAUCUUAUGAACGGAUGCACUGCACCUGCUCCCCCUCUUUUAACAUUCGUCUUGGUAUCAUCCGCUGCCCUCGAGAUUUUACCCAGAAUUCCCCCCCGCACUCUAUUUUUCAGUGUGUGAGCAAAGCCAGACGCUCUAACCGUUCUCCAUCUGAUGAUGUUUGUGAUGCACGCUGGUUAUUUCUGAGUGGCUGUGACUUCUUUGCGCUCUUGAUCAUGCAGGGCGGCAUGUUUCGUCGCACUAAAAGUUGCCGCAGUAACCGGAAGAGUUUGAUUCUGACAUCGCCGACUCUGCCCCGCCCACAUUCCCCGUUACCGGGACACAUCGGAAGUAGUCCUCUGGACAGCCCUCGUAACUUCUCUCCCAGCACUCCUGCGCAUUUCUCCUUCGCUUCCUCCAGACGUGAUGGGCGCCGAUGGUCACUGGCGUCUCUUCCCUCUUCUGGAUAUGGAACCAACACACCCAGUUCAACGUCUUCCAGCUCGUCUCAGGAGCGUCUGCACCAGCUGCCGUCUCAACCCACCAUGGACGAGCUGCACUUCCUGUCCAACCACUUCGGCAGCACAGAGAGCAUCACUGACGAUGACGGUGGACGCUGUUCACCCCACAUACGACCGCGCUCACGCAGCCUGAGUCCGGGUCGUUCUCACUCCUGCUAUGACAAUGAGAUCAUCAUGAUGAAUCAUGUUUACAGGGAGCGUUUCCCCAAGGCCACGGCGCAGAUGGAGGGCCGGUUGUGUGUUUUCAUCCACACAUAUUGUCCCGAGAGCGUUCUGCCGCUGGCCGACGGGGUCCUGAGCUUCAUCCACCACCAGAUCAUCGAGCUGUCCAGAGACUGCCUGACCAAAUCUGGAGAAGGUCUCAUCACGUCUGUCUACUUCUUUGAGCUGCAGGAGAACCUGGAGAAACUUCUGGAUGACGCGUAUAAGCGUUCAGAGAGUUCGGAGUUGACCUUCGUCACCGAGUUGGUGAAGAAACUCCUCUUCAUCAUCGCUCGACCUGCCCGACUUUUGGAGUGUUUGGAGUUCAACCCUGAGGAGUUUUAUCAUCUGCUGGAGGCGGCUGAAGAUCACGCUAAAGAAGGACACCUGAUGAAGACCGACAUCCCGCGCUACAUCAUCAGCCAGCUGGGCCUGACGCGAGACCCUCUGGAGGAGAUGGUCAGUCGAGAGCAUUACGACAGCGAGGGUCCAGUCACACCAGAGACGGACGAUUCUGCAGAGGGAAAAAUUAAACCCAUGAAGCCACCUGGAGAGGCUGAUUUCCAGACCAUCAAACUGAUCAGCAAUGGAGCCUACGGUGCGGUGUAUCUGGUCCGUCAUCUGGAGACCCGGCAGCGCUUCGCUAUGAAGAAGAUCAACAAACAGAACCUGAUUCUGAGGAACCAGGUCCAGCAGGCGUUUGUGGAACGAGACAUCCUGACCUUCGCCGAGAACCCGUUCGUGGUCAGCAUGUUCUGCUCCUUCGAGACCAGACGACACCUGUGUAUGGUCAUGGAGUAUGUGGAGGGAGGCGACUGCGCAACACUGCUGAAGAAUAUCGGAGCGCUACCCGUGGAAAUGGCACGCAUGUACUUCGCUGAAACCGUCCUGGCGCUCGAGUACAUUCACAACUAUGGAAUCGUGCACCGCGAUCUCAAACCUGACAAUCUGCUCAUCACGUCCAUGGGUCACAUUAAACUCACUGAUUUCGGUUUGUCUAAAAUGGGUCUCAUGAGUCUCACCACAAACCUGUACGAGGGACACAUCGAGAAGGACACCAGGGAGUUCCUGGAUAAACAGGUCUGUGGCACCCCGGAGUACAUCGCCCCGGAGGUGAUUCUGCGGCAGGGCUAUGGGAAGCCGGUGGACUGGUGGGCCAUGGGCAUCAUUCUCUACGAGUUCCUGGUGGGCUGUGUGCCAUUCUUCGGCGACACACCGGAGGAGCUGUUUGGUCAGGUGAUCUCAGAUGAUAUCGUGUGGCCCGAUGAGGACGACGCUCUCCCCGCUGAUGCGCAGCACCUGAUCUCAUCUCUAUUGCAGACCAGCCCGCUGCUCAGACUGGGCACAGGUGGAGCAUUUGAGGUGAAGCAGCAUCCGUUCUUCUGUGAUCUGGACUGGAGCAGUCUGCUCCGACAAAAAGCCGAGUUCAUCCCUCAUCUGGAGUCGGAGGAGGACACCAGCUACUUCGACACGCGAUCAGAGCGAUAUCAUCACGUUCACUCGUACGAUGAGGACGACACCAAUGACGACGAGCCAGUGGAGAUUCACCACUUCUCCUCCUGCUCUCCACGCUUCAGCAAGGUGUACAGCAGCAUGGAGCAUCUGUCCCAGCUGGAGCACAAGCCUGUGGUGACCCGCCGAGAGCCCAAAGCUCACAGAGAAGAUCGUAGCAAGAGAGAGAGUCUGGGCAGCCUGACCCUCCGAGACAAGACCUGGAGAACCGGAUCCCCUGAGAUGAAGCGUUUGUCGUGUUCAGAAUCAUCCUUCACUGAGUCAGACUCCAGUCCUCCAGGAGCACGCCGGCGUUUCUCAGCGCUGAUGGACACGCACCGCUUCGCUUCUCCACUAGAGGGAGGCGGUGACGUGCACACACGCCAGCCAGCAAUCAAAGUCAGGGGUACGUCACUAGAGGGCGCCAGCAUGCCCGUCAGCUCCAGUCUGCUGGAGUCCAGCUCUGCAGCGUCAGUGGGACAUCCUGGAGAUAAACUUCUGCGGCCCGCCGAUGCCGCCACAGCAGCAGUGCCUCUGCAUGUGCCAGACUCAUUUGGGCCUCGAGUCGGAAGUGACCUCGUCUUACGAAGAGCUCAACAUCAUCAGAUUUCCACCGACAGUGAGAAACGCACCGCGACUCGCUCCGGCACCAAAGUCAUAAAGUCAGCCUCUGCCACGGCCCUGUCUGUCAUCAUACCUGCAGUUGAGCAGCAUGGUACGUCUCCAUUGGCCAGUCCCAUGUCUCCUCGCUCCAUCUCGUCCAAUCCCUCGUCUCGUGACUCAUCUCCGAGUCGCGAUUACUCACCUACGGUCAACAUCCUGCGCUCACCGAUCACCAUCCAUCGCUCUGGGAAGAAGUACGGCUUCACGCUGCGCGCCAUCAGAGUCUACAUGGGCGACAGUAAUGUGUACAGUGUGCAUCACAUGGUCUGGCAUGUAGAGUGUGGCGGGCCGGCCCAGGAGGCGGGGCUUUGUGCCGGUGACCUCAUUACCCAUGUGAACGGGGAGUCUGUGCAUGGAUUGGUCCACACAGAGGUGGUGGAGCUCAUUCUGAAGAGUGGCAGCAAAGUAACAGUGACGACUACUCCAUUCGAAAACACGUCCAUAAAGAUCGGGCCAGCCAGGAAGCUGAGCUACAAAGCCAAGAUGGCCAGACGCAACAAGAAGUCAGUAGCAAAAGAUGGACAAGAGAGUAAGAAGCGUAGCUCUCUCUUUCGUAAGAUCACGAAACAGUCAAACCUGCUUCACACCAGUCGUAGUCUGUCCUCUCUGAAUCGCUCGCUGUCAUCUGGAGACAGUCUGCCUGGAUCGCCGACACACAACCUGUCUGCUCGCUCACCCACACAGACGUACCGCUCUCCUCCAGACUCCACCUACCUUGGCACAUCGUCUCAAAGCAGCUCUCCUGCGUCCAGCACACCAAACUCGCCUGCGACGUCUCAGCACAUGCGGCCAAGCUCUCUUUACGGUCUCUCACCCAAACUCCACCGGCAGUAUCGUUCUGCUCGCUGCAAAUCCGCCGGGAACAUUCCUCUGUCCCCGCUGGCUCACACGCCAUCCCCCACUUCGUCUUCCCCACCGCCCAUUGCUGGACACACUGUCGGCAGCUCCAACACCACCCAGGCCUUCCCUGCCAAACUCCAUGCCUCUCCUCCGAUCACACGCCCCCGGCCCAAGAGCGCAGAACCACCCCGUUCCCCUCUCCUCCAACGGGUGCAGUCCACCGAGAAGCUUGGCCCGGCCCCUCCACCGUCAUUCCCAUCCUCCUCGUCUUCUGUGGGCUCAGACAGGAAGGGAGGGCUUUGCGUGUCCAUGAGGAAGCACGGUUUGGAUGUUGUGCAUGCAGAAUACCGCCGGGAAUCAUUCCACUGCGAGCAUGCUCUCCAGAGUCUGAUGGAGAUCGAGGGGGAGAAUACGCCCGGGGCUCCACCCUCUCCACCCGACCAGACGCCAACGCACAUGCCCGUCCAGCGCACGUUGAGUCCGGCAAGGCAUCUCGGAAGGCAGGACUCAAUGGCGGAUCGAGAGUCUGAGGGUAAAGUGAAGAAGCCCAACUCAAGUGAAGCAGUUUUAAGAACUGCAUCAAAAACCGAACCAGUAGCAACCACCUUGGAUCCUAAAUCAACCCAGUUGGCCGAAACACCUCAGAAGGAGAAAGUGGCCUCCAAGUCUGAGUCUUCUCAAGUCUCAGUCGUCUCAACAGUCAAGGAGGCAGCCAGGGAUGUGGGAAAGAGUGAAUCUCUUAGCAUCCCAUCUGCAAUGGGAUGUGGCUCCAAGACCCCAAAUUGGACGGCAAUUAUCAAGAGCUCUGGAGCACAGGAAUUCAAAUCCCAUAGCCUUCAAACCGAGGGUCCUAAAGGGCUGGAGAAUGGCAAAGACACUGAAAAGAUCCCAGUGAAGGAGAAAACUGCACCCACAGUAACUCCAGAGGCAAGCAAGUCAGGUAAAGGACCUCUGAGUGUUGAGGGGACUGGACCUAGUUCUGUUGGUGCACCUAAAGUCUCAGAAGCCAUUCCUGUCCUGUCCAAAACCAUUGAAGAACGGGUUCAAACCCCAUCGGGGUCAACCAGAGCCCCUCAAGAGGAAAGAUGUCGGCUGGAAGCAGUUGAGGAGUCUCCAACCGCCAAGUCGCCCUGCACAAGCAAAUCACGUGCCGUAUCUCCAGGCGACAGGUCCAGCUUUGUGACACAGCUCACCAGUGUGGCUAAAACUGUGCUUGGGCCGAUGAAGUUGGGCUCUCAGGAUGGCGGGAAGGCCAAGGACAGCUCCAAAACCAAUGAGGACAAACGAGCCGCCACAUUGGGAAAGUCAGAGGCCUCGCCUGGGAGUCGUCGUGGGCUGACGGGAACUUGGCCUGGUCCUGGAUCGUCAAAGCCUGAAAAGGCAUCAAAGAGCUCUUCCAAACAUUCAUAAUAUUCUAAUAGGUAUAUUCUGAUCGGAACUUUAAAUGGGAUGUGUUCCCAGUAUUUGUCCAAAUGCAGACUGUUCAAAAAACUCUACAGCCAUCAAACCAAGAUAUAAACAAGAAAAAAAAAAUCACAAACAAGUAAAGGUGCUUCAAAAUAAUCAUUGUCAAAUAUGUUUGUGCAUAUGGCGUAAGAGUAUAUGCACCAUCAUAUGUGGAUGUAGAACAAAUCAGUAUGUCUCUCUAGAUGCAUGUUACAUGUAUAUUGUGAAUAGAAGAGUCAAAAAAAAUAAGAUAUGAAGACCUAAUGCUAGUGAACACUGCACAUCCAAUCAUUCCUGCCAGGUCUGUAGAGGGCAUGUACUUUCAUUCAUCACCAUAUCAACCAAACAGUUUGUCAGAUUUAGAAUUGAGAGAUAGUUAAAGUGUUUGUUUAUAAAGUGACCGACACAUGUAUCUAAACAAUCUCAUUCCAGUACCUCAGCUAUACUGGUAAACUGCCAACAGUAGCGCUUUAACUAAUGCCUGAGGCAACAGAAUGACUAACACGAUGUUUGGGAAGGUUUAACUGGUGAAAAUGGGAAAUGAUUGUUGCACAAGGACAGAAGCAUGUGAGUAAGUGCUUGUUUCUGCUGUCUUAAUUACAUUUGCACUGUAAAUGCCAAGCAAAAGUCAACAUGAAAUCUAAAUUGACCAUAUUUGCUUUAGUAAUGCAUGUUCCUGGUGUUAUUGUGCACGAUUCACCAGUGCACGACUUUCCUUUUCGGCUAACAUUACCUUGGCCAUACACCAACAGAUCUUAGUCAGGGUAGCGACAUAUUUAAUUUUUGACAGGAAGUACAGUGUGUUUAAUGGAUUGCAAUGUUGUUUAAUCUGUGUAGUCAAAAAGCUACUUUGUAGGAAAUGCAGCCUUUCUUAAAUCUUGCCACAAGUCAAUGCAUCAAUUUAAAGUCAGUUAGCAUUACGGCAACAAUAGCACAUACCUGUAUAAGUAGAUUUGAAGUAGAUUAUGGAAGUAAAAUUGGUUGCAGAUGUCGUUUCAUGUUGACUUUUAUGUGGCUAAAUAUAAAUGUCUGGAAAGAAGAAAAGAGAGUCUAUAUAGUUGAAUUUGCCACUCUUGAGACUAAAGGGAAAACCUCAAGGAUGGCAUUGUUAUGAAGUGAUAUUGAGAUUAUUAGACAAACUCUAUGAAGAAAAUAGGUCACUAUUUGAUGUCAUCCUGUUAGAUUAUAUUAAUAGGCCAGUAAAUGCACUGUGGAUUAUACACUUGAAUUCUUACAAAGCCUGAAUUAUCCUUUAGUAUAUGCAGAAGAGUUUGUGAAGUAUGAGGUCGUCCAUGUGUAGAUGUGUUUAAUUUUAAUCCAUUCAGGGCUUUUAAUUCACUUUUUGCUACAUAUUAGUGAUCUUUUAUAAGAAUUUAUUACGUAGUAGGUUGACAUGUAAAUGUCUAGUGGUUUGCGAGAGAUGAAUCGAUGUUUUGAAAGUGGCUUCAUGUUACAUGUGGAAUUGAUCUAAUCUGUUUACACUUUAAAAUACUCAGUCACUAUCAAGUUUGUGUGAACGUCCUUUUGGAGACUUUGUGUGUAGUGAAUCUAGCGAUGUCUUAGGAGUACUUGGUGCCACGUUAGCGCAGUGAUUAUCCAAAUCAGCUGAUCCUUGAUUGACUGUCUUUUGCCAAUAUAGAACUUUACACUUUACCCAAAUGUUAACCUUUAGAGGGAGAAACAAAUGAUUCAUUGAAUUUUGGCUGAUAUUAACAUGGUCUUUCAGACAUUGUACUAUGAUAAUACAAUAUUUUUUGGACAUAAACCAUGGUAUUUCCCUGAAUAUACAUAGAUAUGGUAAUGAUUCAGUACCAUGGUAUACAGUAUAUCAGGAACCAUCGUUAUGCCAUAGUAACACCACCAUACUUUUUGUCAAGGUUUUUGUCAAUUUUUAAUAUGCUUUUAAUAUUUGGGUAAUGUGUAUAUGCCUUCAAGACAUGUUUUCAUAUUUAUUUGUGCUGUAAAGUGUGUGUAGGAUAGACGUGUCAGUUUCUGUCCGUGUGUUUAGAUUCUGUAGAGACAGUUACUUGCGCAAGAGUUCAAGCAAUGUUACAGAAUGCACUUUAUUGAUUUUUCUCUUUGUAUUUAUUUAUACGUUUAUAAUUUUAUUUGAAUGAUUUUUGCCCUGUUUGAUUAUUAAAAUAGAAGGUUGUAUGUUGCCCUUUGAAACUACGCUGCUUUGCAUAAAUCUUCCUCUUAACUGUUUUACCUGUGAAUUUUUUUGUACAUUCACUUCUUAUAUCAUUGUUUAUUUACAGUUUUUAUAUGAUUUCUCACCUCAGGCAAUGUUAUAAACUAAUGCAAUUUAAAAAAUAAUAAUAAUAAAGUGCAGUAAUAAUAAAGAAGCCAAUCACA